CGACAAUUCGCACCGCUCACUCCCUCCGCGCCCCCCUUCUCCACGCCUAUUUGAGCUUCAGUGGUAUAAGUGCAGCCAUGCUUCUUCUCGACUACCAGAACGUCCUCAUCGAGUCGCUCCUAAAAGACCGCUUCUCGGGAGGACCCCCAGUCAACAUUGACCAAGUGGUCUCCGACUUCGAUGGCGUUACCUUCCACAUAUCCACUCCCGAAGCAAAGACAAAGAUAUUAGUCUCAAUAGCAGUCAAAUGUUUCCCAGAACUGGUCCAAUACGGAGCCCAGGCAGUGCUGGAACGGGAAUAUGGGCCCUUCAUCGUAGCCCCCGAAUCUGGAUACGACUUCUCAGUGCAGGUAGACCUGGAGAACCUGCCGGAAGAUCAAGAUGCCAAAGACGACCUGGUACGGCGCAUUUCCCUCCUCAAGCGCAAUGCCAUGGCGGCCCCUUUCGAGCAGGCUUUCGAUGAGUUCCAUAAACUCCAGGAGGAAGCGUCCAAGUACACAUCUGAAGCGGCACCACAGGGUGUAAUGGAAGGUGGUGAAGUGCGCGCAAUCCAUUACCGGGAGGAGGAGGCUAUAUUCAUCAAAGCGAGCCAUGAUCGAGUGACUGUCAUAUUCUCGACUGUGUUUAGAGAAGAGACAGACAGGAUCUUCGGUAAGGUCUUCUUACAGGAAUUCGUCGACGCUAGGCGAAGAGCAAUCCAGAAUGCGCCUCAAGUUCUUUUCCGAAACGAUGCCCCCUUAGAACUUCAGAACGUCCCAGGAGUAAAUAAUUCUGGGUCCGGCGAAAUCGGUUACAUCACGUUUGUCUUAUUCCCCCGCCACUUGACGAACCAACGCCGAGAGGAAGUGAUUUCGCAUAUCCAAACCUUCCGGGACUACUUCCAUUACCACAUCAAAGCCUCUAAGGCCUACAUCCACUCGAGGAUGCGGAGACGGACGGCCGACUUCCUCCAAGUGCUGCGGAGAGCAAGGCCCGAAAGUGAGGAGAAGGAGCGCAAGACAGCAAGUGGCCGGACUUUUAAAGUGCAAUCUUGAGCUGAUGGGUCUUUCCUAUUGUCCAAUUGACGGAGAAGAACCGAGGAAAGUGGUUUAUAUGAGGCCCAAAUACUUGUACCGGAGCAUCACACUGCAUGAAGAUUGUGGUGUGAUAGCUAGAGUAUCCCAAGGCUGAGCUGGAGAGGGGUUGGACGAUGCAGCACUGUGAGUUGAGCGCGAACUUAGAUAGCUACGCUGGUAGAGAAUAGCCACUCCAAGUGGAAAUGAACAGUUCAG